AGAGGAGCGCCGUCGGCUUCCGCUCCGCUCGUGGCCUCGGGGGGGGGGGGGCUUUGGGCGGCCAUGGCGGCGGGGCAGGCGGAGUCCGUUUUAUUCGUCUGCCUGGGGAAUAUUUGCCGGUCUCCCAUAGCUGAAGCUGUUUUUAGAAAACUUGUAACUGAAGAAAACCUUGAAAACAAGUGGAUGAUAGACAGUGGUGCUGUUUCUGACUGGAAUGUGGGACACUAUCCAGAUCCAAGGGCUUUAAACUGUCUGAGAAAUCAUGAAAUUGAAACAGCUCAUAAAGCACGACAGAUUACGAAAGAUGAUUUCCUGACAUUUGAUUAUAUUCUUUGCAUGGAUGAAAGCAACUUACAUGACUUGAGAAGAAAAUCCAAUCAAAUUAAAAAUUGCAAAGCUAAAAUUGAACUCCUUGGUAGUUAUGAUCCAGAGAAACAGCUUAUUAUUGAAGAUCCAUAUUAUGGAAACGAUGAAGAUUUUGAAACUGUUUAUCAGCAAUGUCUCAGAUGCUGUAAAGAAUUUUUGGAAAAACCUCAUUGAUGUGGUUAUGUUUCUGAACGUAAAUAAUUCUAUGACAUUAGUGCAAAAUCUCAACAUUAAACUAUGGUAGUGUGCCUCUAAAAUAGAUACAUUUGUGCAUUCUUAAUUUUAAUUUUUGUAAUAUACCAAAUGGGUAUACAGUACAUUAUUUGAGAAUAUAUAUUUUUUAAAUUAAAUUUGAUCUUAUCAAUUAUACGAUGAAUGAAUAUUGUGCUGGUAUGUAAGGAAAAAAAUCCUGUUGGUACUAAACUAAGUGGAUAAACAUGUCUUAUUCCAUAUACAGAUAGUCCUUGACUUGUGACCACAAUUGAGCCUGGAAAUUAAGUUGUUAAUUAAGUUCUUAUGUUGUGGUCAUUAAGUGGAUCACCACAUGACCUGACUCAACUUUAGAACCAUCAUGGCUUUCCCAGGCAUGGGUGUUAAGCGACCAUGCAGGUUGUUAAGUACGGGAUGCCUCAGGAGGUGGGGAGGUCUCUGGGGAGUGCCUGGCACAGGCCACACACAAGUUGUGGGGCUGCUGUGGCAUGGCGCAGAUGCACGGAGGCCAGGGAAAGAAGCUGUAGUUGGCCGUGCAGUGAAACAGUGCGACACUCAGAAAGAACAAAACAUCUGGGAAGCUUCAUGGUGAGGCAUAAAGCAGCCCUCCCAUCAUCAACUCUGGAUGCUUGGGAAGCUCCAACCCAGCUCCCGUCCCUGCCCUGCCCCGCCCCACCCAGCCCAGCCCAUGCCAACUGACCUUCACUAGCCUGGCACUUUAUGAAAAAAUCAGAAAAAUGCUAAAGGCAGCAGCUCAGUGAGAAUACCUUAAAAUGCCCCUUUCUCCAUGCUCCUGGGCAUGGCUGAAGCACUGGUGUGUGUAUGGGGGGGGGGGGAUUUGCCCCAUCUUUGUGAACAGAGCACAAUUUCCCAAGGCUGUGCAAAGCAUCCUCAAUUCUAAAAGCAAAAGUUUUGGCAGCCUUUAGCAUUUUCCCACCCCCUUUUCCCCCCUGCAAAGAGUCCGACUGGGCAUGCCUCAUAAAUGUAAUAAUUUUAAGAAGUUUCGGGUUGACUUCUCCUGGAUUAAAACCAUCGAGCACGCGUUCCUAGAGGAGAUCGUCUUCAGUGGAAAUGGGUCCGUGGGGUGAGGGGGAGUCUCCUGGGCAUUUGGAAGUUCUGAUGGGGCAGCUGCUUUGUGUCGCAUUGUGGAAGUUUCCAGGGUGUUCGGCGCUGGGGCAGCGGGCUGACUGCUUUGUCCUGCCCCAUUCCCUGGCAUUUGAAGUCAUAGAUGGAGGCAGGAGAGGGAGAGAGAGAGAGAGAUGGGGAGGUGGAAGGAACUUGAAUUUUGAUCAUGUGACUGCAGUGGCUCUAACUUGAGACACGGGUCAUAAGUCGUUUAGCGACCAUUUGAAGUUAUGGCAGCACUGAAAAAAAGUGACGUAUGACUGUUUUUCAUACCUAUGACCUUGAGCAUCUUAUGGUCAGGUGAUUGGCAAUUGCAGCGAUUCAUUUAACAACUUUGGCAAGAGGUUGUAAAAUGGGCCAAAACUCACUUUGGGGCUCAAUUGUGGUCAUAAGUCGAGGACUGUAUGUAUUGAAGAUACAUAAAAAAUCUUGGAGUGUAAAUGUGUAAAUAUGGCACAGAGGUCUGUUUCCUGAUGCUAUUAUUAACUAGUGUUUUUUUUUUUCUUUUCCCAUGGAAACUUUAUAAAUUCUUCCCUGUACAUUUUUAUUUGUCAGUUGCUAGAUGCCUGAAAACUACUAUAUUUUGAUAUUUUUUUCAUCACUAUAUGUUAUACAAAGUAUAGAUGUGAAGGUAAG